AUGGUGCUUUAUGAACGCACUAAAAAUUGUUUAUUGGAAGUAAAGUUGGAACCGGAUCGCUUGCUCAAACGCGACUCGCACAAUAAAAACGCCUUACAUUAUUGCGCUGCACAGAACAUUCAUACACGUGACCUCGUGGCUGCUGCCAGUAUUGCCAUCGCAGCUCCAGAACUACUGGAGUCUGCAGAUGAAGAUGGCUUCACCCCGCUUCACUUGGCGGUUAUUCAGGGCAAUUUGGCAAUGGUCAAUUUGCUGCUAGCGAAUAAAGCUGAUGUGAAUGCGGUGGAUAAUGAGGGCCAUUCAGUGGUGCACUGGGCCACAGUGUGUGGAGAAGUGGAAGCGCUGCGCGCUGUGCUAGCUGCUGGUGCUAAUGUGACAACACCAGACAUAAAUGGCGGUUCUCCAUUGCACUAUGCCGCACAAAUGUGUGGUGCUAGUUAUGAGAAUAAAAUAGGACAUCCAAAUGCUUCAAAAUUAGCUUUAGAAAUACUUGGCAUCCUCUUGGCGCAUCCGCAAUCAAGUGUUGAUGUGCAAGAUAAAGAUGGGCGUCAACCGUUACUUUGGGCUGCAUCAGCGGGUUCUGCAAAAGCUGUUAUCGCUUUGGUAAAGGCUGGUGCUAGAGUGGAAAGCGCAGAUAAAGAUGGUUUGACAGCAUUACAUUGUGCAGCUUCACGUGGUCACACAGAAUGCAUUGACACCCUCAUAAGCUUAUGUGGUGCACCCACGGAUCUUAUCGACUUAAAUGGUUGUACUGCUUUGCAUUAUGCAGUAACACUUGGUCAUGCCGAUGCUACAUCCAGAUUACUGGAUUUGGAAGCAGACCCCAAUAGACAAGAUCGUAAAGGUCGCACACCAUCUCAUUGCGGUUGCUCAAAAGGCCAAUUUGAAACUGUCAAACUACUUAAAGAACGCGGUGCCAAUUUAUGGUUACGUAAUGCCAAAGGUGAUUUACCCAUACAUGAGGCAGCAAUGUCAGGACGGCGUGAACUUGUUGAAUGGCUUUUGGAACAACGCAAAAAACAAGUGAACACAACAAGCAAUGAUGGACGCACAUUACUACAUACAGCUGCCACGAAUGACUACACGGAUAUGUGUAAACUUCUAUUGGAUUACGGUGCCGAUAUCAAUGCUAUUUAUCGCAACUCAAAAGGUGUAGUUAUAACACCAUUAGAUUGUUCACUACAGAAAGGACAUCGUUCUACAGCAAAGUUUUUGCAAUCCCAUGGUGGCUUACCAGCAGCUAAGCUCCGCUUGGCAGCAAGACGGGGUAAUCCUUUUCAGGAAACCAGCGUUGAAGCUGUACGCCCUCUUAAAUAUGUGGAAAAGGAGGAAAUACAAGAUUUGCGUAACUCCAAGAAAUACGUUGUGUACCUGAAACGUUCUGAUUCCGAUGGUGCCGCUGAAGGUGAAGGUGAGGGUGAGGGCAAUUGUAGUUGUAAUGAACAAACUUACCGUAGGGAACAGCGCAUUGAGCAUAUCUGUCGCCGUCAUAAACGAAUGCAUAGACAUCAUCAGCGUCGCAGAACAAGCAGUUGUGGUGAACCAAAGGAAAGUUGUCAUAGAGCAUGUUGUAGUGAUGAUAUUAGUCGUUCCAAAAGUAAUAUUGAAUUAAGACGUCGUAAGUCACGUGAAAGAUAUGCUAGCUCAAGUGAAUGGGAAGAUGAUGAUGAUGAUGAGGAUUCUUGCGAAAAUUGUUGCUAUCAUAAGCAUCAAAAACAAAAAGUGAUACGUAAAAGGACUACUUCUGUCCGACGUUCGAAGGAUUUAAAGUAUAGUGACGAUGAAGAUGAUGAACCAAGCAAAACUGUAAAAAAGGCUUCCAUAGAAUCAGAAAAAUCAAAAGGUAAUGGCGAGUCAACUAAAGAACACAUGGUGUCAAUAGAACAAGAGAAAAAGGUUAUAGAUAUUUCAAGACCCGACUCAAAAACUUCAGUACGUAGGAGACCACAAUCAGCAACAAAACGUCAAGUAACGCCAACAGCAGCGGGUAAAGAGGCAACUUUUAUUAAAUCACCACCACAAAGUGCAAAGAUAAUAACUGAGACCGAAGGCCGAAAGGAUAUUAUUGGCGUUGAAGUAUCUGAUCAGGAAACAGAAACUGUUGGUGCUGCUGAAUUAGUAACCACAAAAGUUGACGUACAUCGUGGCGCCGAUGAAGUUUCGCUGAAACUGUCAGAAUCCGAAGAAAAAAAAGACGAAACUGGCUCCGUUGAAAAGACUAGUAAGGAUAUUUUGAAAGAAGUAGCUGAACAAGUCAAAAAAGAAGUGGAUGUGGUACUUAAAAUGGCAACAGAAGUCGUAGAGAAUGGAAUGAAAGGCACACAGGAAUUGCAAGAUAAUGGCAGAGAUGAAAAAGAAGAAACAAAGAAACUAGUUGAAGAAGUAUUACAAUCCAAGGAACCUACAUUAGAUGAGGUGUCAAGUGAAGCGGUAACAAGCAGCAAAUCUAUCACUGCACCAGAGUUAAUUGAGACACCUGCCACACCUACACCAAUACCUACACCAAUACCAACUCCAGAGCCAAGUCAAGUAGUUGCAGCUGCAGAUAAAACUGAUGAUGCAAAAAGAGCUAUUACGGCUGAUGCUAAACAAACUACGGCUGACGCAGAAACAAAAACAGUAGAACUAACCACAGCUGAAAAAGUAGAAGCAUUAGCGAAAGAUAUUACUCCAGCAACUAUCACUUCCAAAACUGAGUCUCCUAUACCAGCACAACAACCUUCCACAGCUAUUGCCUCAACAACAACUGAUAUAAAAUCCACAGAUGAUAAUGCAACGCAACAACGUGACCAACCAACUCGUCGUUCCUUUACACUACUUCCAUCAGAUUCAGCUGAAGAUGAAGAUGUGGAAGAACCAGUGCGUAAAUCCAGUUUCCAAGUACUUAAAAGCGAUGAAUCCGCGACUGAAGUGUUGGAUGCGGUACCGAGUGAAGAAGUUGAGUACAGCGACACACAAGUCUUCAAAAUUGUGUCUGACUUGCCUGACAUAAAAGCGCACUCAGAUGGUGAACUUAGUUCGCCUGAAGUAGGUGACCGCGAUAAUGUUGAAUAUGAAGAUGAGGAUGAUGACGAAGACAACGAAGAUCUUGAUGCAGCCAAUGAGAAGGUAGGUGUUGCACGAAAACGACAUAGCACGCCGACAGCAACUGGUACUACUUUAGCCACUGGUGCCGUAACUGUUUUGUAUGAUUACAACAAUGGCCGAAAGAGACGUCUCAAAAAACGCAUCAAAAGUGGCACGAAAACACGCAGUAACUGGCGUACCACACCAGACACUAGAGCUAGUGCUGCCACAAAUGGUACGAAGGACCAAGAUUCGGGUUUUGAACCCAGUCCACGCACUAUGAAGAGCAAAAUACCUACACCGCGUAAUAUAUACACUGCACAUUUGCCGCGACGUCACAUUUAUGCAACACUGGACGGGCGCUCUUGCAGCAGUCGUAUAGAGCAUAGGAGGCCUGGUGACAGAGGUGCUUGCGAUAUGUCAGCAGUGACACGCUCCAUACAAAGAAAUAUAAGACGAUAUUACAUGGAACGCAAAAUAUUCCAACAUUUGCUGGAGUUGAAAUCACUGCAAAUUCGCUCUAAUAAGCUUAACGAAGCUGUGCUGGUGAAGCGCGCUGUCGAUGACUAUCACAAGUCCUGCGAUGCUUUGGGCGGUGAAACGGGCACACGUUUGAGGCGGUAUAAUUUCAGCGAAUACACUUUUAAAAAUUUCGAAUUGUUUUUGUAUGAAACGUUGAAGGCACUACAAAAGCCCGGCACAUACAAUUUUCAAAAUAUUAACGAAGUUUAUGAGGAGGCUGAAAGACGUUUGAGCCCCGAUUAUAAUGCAUAUGAAAAAGCGCUGCAAUGUACCACAAAAACGCAUCGUUGUCUGCAUGCGGCGCAUGCAUACACGGGUAUUCCAUGUGCUGCGUACAUACCAAUGAUGAAUCACCAUACAAUGCCGAAAUUCGGAUUUGGUUCUUAUAAAAAAACUGGAGUUGGCAGUUUUUAUCUGCCGAAAAUUUUAACCAGUGGCACGGGCUGUGGCGGAAAAGUCGCGCUCGAAUUAUCGCACGGAAAGAGUAAACAACUUAUUUCACUGCCAUCAGAAAAGUUGGACAGCAAUAAACGUUAUUAUGUGACAUUUACGGUUAAGGAAUCUGGGAAUGCUACCAACACGGGACCAAGCGGUACAACGGAAAGGCAACACCACCAACAACAACAACAACAACAACAACAACAACAACAGCAGCAGCAAAAUAUUGGCGACACAACGUGUAAAUAGUUUUUUUGCACAGUUGCACUUUUUA